AUGAAGAUUAACAUGAAGCCAAGAGAUGUCAGGUGCGCGUCAACCAAGCUCGAGUCAUUUAGCGACGCCGACUUUGCCGCAGAUAAGAGCGACAGGAAGUCGUUGACCGGAGGCAUCAUCCUCCUCAACGGCAUGGCGAUCAGCUGGAGCGCCAAGAAACAAGGUGGCGUGUCGCUCUCGACAAUGGAAGCCGAGUUUGUGGCGGCGUCAGAGAUCGCUCGUGAGAUGCUGGGCGUGCGCGAGAUGCUUAUCGAGAUUGGAAUGGCGCCAGAGUUACCGAUGUUGAUGCACGUCGACAAUCAAGCGGCAAUUCGACAGCUCGAGGGUGAGGCGUCGUCACUCAAGGCAAAGCACAUUGACGUGCGAGUCAAGUUUGUCUGCGACUUUGCUCGGCGCGGGAUCGUGCGUGCGCAGUAUGUGAGAUCGGAGCUAAUGCUCGCUGAUCUGCUCACGAAGGCACUUGACCCACACAAGCUGGCGACGAUGCGCGCUUUGGUGCACCUCGGUUUAAACGGUAAGUCGUAG